ACACACGCCACAGCCUCCAAACGCCUCGUCUCCUCCACCGGAGCGAGAGGAUCAGAGAGAGAGAGAGGGAGCAGAAGAGACGGUAGAGCAACAGCAGCAUCACUGACAGGCAUCUCCCUCACUGGGGGAGAGAGAGCAAGGUGGGGAGAGGAGAAGUGGAAGAAGGAGGGGGGAAAACAAAAGAGGAGAACUAAGGAGAAGAAAUAAGUUUGGAGUUGGACAGAGGACGAGCGAGGGAGAGUUUUUGGCUCCCGCCGUGGGGUCUCAGCUCUCUGUCACCCUCCCCCCUUCCCUUGCUCCCUACCUCCCGCGGGCUCUGCUGGGAGCCUCUGGGCUGUUGCGCCGUGGGAGGAUGUCUCGCAGGGAGUCGCCACCUCCACCUCCGCAGCUGCUGGGAGUGCGGAGAGGAGAUGUGGAGUGCGAUGAUCGUCCGGAGCGUUCGGAGCCGCUUACCGAUGCGGAGAGGGAGAUCAUCCAGGACACGUGGGGGAUCGUCUACAAGAACUGUGAGGACGUGGGGGUGUCUGUGCUCAUAAGGUUCUUUGUCAACUUCCCAUCGGCCAAACAGUAUUUCAGCCAGUUCCAGGACAUGGAGGAUCCAGAGGAGAUGGAGCGAAGCAGCCAACUCCGGCACCAUGCCCGCAGGGUGAUGAACGCCAUCAACACCGUGGUGGAGAACCUCCAUGACCCGGAGAAAGUGUCCUCAGUGCUGGCCCUGGUUGGGAAGGCCCAUGCGAUCAAACACAAGGUGGAGCCCAUGUACUUCAAGAUCCUGAGCGGUGUGCUCCUGGAGGUGUUGUCUGAAGAUUUCCCCGAGUACUUCUGCGAGGUGCAGAUGGUGUGGACCAAACUGAUGGGAGCGGUGUACUGGCAUGUGACGGGGGCCUACACGGACGUGGGCUGGCUCCAGGUCUCCAGCUCUGCAGUGUGAACAGUUUUGGGUGAAGAGGGGCUCGAGAAGUCUCAGAUACAGGAGUUUGGUUUCACAGACAUGGAUGAGAUGAUCGUGGUAAUCCGUGAGACGUACUUUGUUUUUGGUUUUAUUUGUUGGUGCUAAGCCGUCAUUGUUGUGUUAUUCCAUCUAACUUUCAAAACGAUGUAGCUGAACAACAUUUGACUUGUCUUAUAGCGAGUUUUAGCCGAUGUAAGCAGAUAUGUGUGUGUUAAGCCACGGAGGCAAUCACCUCUAACGCUAACCAUUCACUUCUUCUAUUGUCAAUUCAAAGAGCUGCCAAGAUGGGCGAAUCAGAAAGCUUGAAAUGACUAGAAGAUUUUACUUUACGUUCCACAAAUGUUAACCCUUUGCUGAAAUGAGUUCGUCUAACUUUAGAUUCUGCUCCUGAAUGCUCUGGAUUUGUUUGGACCAGAGAAGGUAGGCGGUUUUAA